AUGCUCACUUGUUCUAAUAUUUCUAACGAACAACUCCUCAAAACCAUCCUCACCCUCGUAAAAAAAUUUCUCUUUUUCUUAACAAGGCGACAACAAUAUCAAGAGAGACAACAAGAAAGUGAUCUCUUAACAAAUCAAUCAAACAACAACAGUCCUAUUAAAAGGAUUCAAGUUAAAAUCCUGGAACGUAAAAAUAUAAUAAUGUCAGCCAUCACCUGCACUUCAAAUAACGUUCACAUUUCUGGCUCAUCAGUUGCUACACCCACAACCCCAACCGCCACUACCGCUUCAGACUCGUCAGUCACGGCAGCAUCAGCAGGGAUGGCGGCACUUUCAAUAUCAAGUUGUGUGAGAACGUUGAUCGUGGACGACAACGUUAUAACGGCAAGAGUACUCUCAAAGAUACUAUCAAAGGAAUUCGGUCAUAACACCACAUGCGCGAUAAGUGGCAAGGAAGCUCUCAUAAAAUUAUCCAAGGAAACAUUUGACAUCAUAUUCAUGGAUAUCGACAUGCCAGAAUUGUCAGGAAUCGAAACAACGAUAGCGAUACACGCGAAAGGCUCUAACGUAUUGGAACAAAAUCGUAACAUACCGAUCUUAGCUUAUACCACAAAUCCUUGCGAGGAACGAUUUUUUGAAGCUGGGAUGAACGGAUGGGUUGGGAAACCAGCAAAACAUUGGAUGGUUCGAAAGGAGUUGGAGAGGGUUUAUAGCGUAACAAAUUCAUCUCGACCGUCUUCAAACAAAAAUUAA